AUGGGUUGUAAUUCAAUGCAGCUCGUUUCAGAUAUGGAAACUCCCGCACCUGAAACUGGAAGUAUAGACUUGGAUAUAUACCGAACUUUGGGGCUUAAGGAAUUAAGAAAAGGAGUUUUCAGAACUCCAAGGGUUUUAAUGCUUCUUUCUUCACUUCUUGAGAGGUCUGUUCAGAAAAACGAAAUGCUACUGGAGACAACACAGAUCAAAGAUGCUGUUACCAUAUUUCAUGGUUUAAGACCACCUACGGUAAGUAUUCAGCAGUAUGUUGAUCGCAUCUUCAAGUAUUCUGCCUGCAGCCCUUCCUGCUUUGUUGUUGCAAACAUUUAUGUGGAUAGACUUCUCCAGCAAACAGAUAUUCAUUUAACCUCCCUCAAUGUUCACCGGCUUCUGAUUACAAGUGUAAUGAUAGCAGCAAAGUUUGUAGAUGAUGCAUUCUUUAACAAUGCAUACUAUGCCAAAGUUGGGGGAGUAAGCACAGCAGAAUUAAACAGAUUGGAGAUGAAGUUUUUGUUUAGUCUAGAUUUCAGACUUCAAGUUAAUGUGAAUACAUUUGGAAAAUAUUGUUAUCAGUUGGAAAAAGAAUUUGCUGAUGGGCUUCAGAUUGAACGGCCAAUCCAAGCAUGUCGAAUUAAAGAAAGUUGGUCAAGCAAAGAUGAUUCAACUACUUGUGCUUCCACGAUUGCAAGAUGA